AUCCACCGGCGUCAUCCUUCUUAAAUAACCUCCACAUCCCUGCUCCCUCGUAGAGGUCUGGUGACCAGGGACGACGACAUAUGUGCUGACACACAUAAACCCAACCUACUCCCCACAUGCACAUGCUUAGCUACACCAGUGCACUCGGACACGGACCAUCAUCACAGUGAGAAUCCCAAAUGCCUCAAGAUCCCCCCUCGGACACCCCGCGGGGUCCCCUCGACGAUUCGGGCUCGUCGACCACCGGCACCGUCUUCCUGCCAGAAACCGGCGCAACCACCCCCACCAACGCCUACCUCACCGAGGACGAAAAGGGCGCUGGCGGCUUCGACCCGUCGACCCAGGAGAUCCAACAGCGCUACCUCGAACUCGACACGCCGCUGCCCACCCCGUGCAUCACGCUGCCGCCCGGCCCUAACCAGUCCGCCCCGCCCGACCCCCCGAACCUCGAGAAAUACAUCUCCCCGUUCCUGUGGCCGAAAUGGCGCAAAUCGAUGAUGACCUGGAUCGCCUGCGCCGUCACCGCGCUGGCCGGAUACUCCGCAGGCGAGGUCAGUCCCGCCUCGAGCGUGCUGACGGCGGAGUGGGGGGUCAGCGCGGUGGUCUACAACCUGACGAUCACCGUGUUCUGUAUCGGGUUUGCCCUGGCACCGAUGGUGCUGGCGCCUUUUUCGGAGAUCAAUGGGCGGCGGCCUAUUUUCGUGGCUAGCGGGAUUCUGUUCACUGCAUCCCUCCUCGCGUGCGGCGGCACCCACAUCUUCGGCGGCCUCCUCGUGGCGCGGAUCCUGCAGGGGAUCGGGGCGUCGACCUUCUCGACGAUGGUGGGCGGGGUGAUCAGCGAUAUCUACCACGCGGAGGACCGCAACACGCCGAUGGCGCUGUUCUCCGGGGCGGCGCUGUUCGGCACGGGGCUGGCCCCGCUGAUCUCGAGCGCGAUUGUCCACCACACGACUUGGCGGUGGGUGUACUACUCGCACGCGAUCGUGGCGGCCUUCUUCGUGGUGGUGAUCUUCUGCUUCUUCAAGGAGACGCGCGGCAGCGUGCUGCUGAGCCGGAAGGCGCAGGCGAUCAACCGGUACUACGAGCAGCUGGAGGCGGCGGGCCACUUCGGGGUGAUGCUGGAGGAAGGGAAGGUCCGGCGGAUUCGCUGGCGGGUCAAGAGUGACGAGGAGCGUGUGUCGCUGGUCAAGAUGAUUGGGAUCUCGGUGUAUCGUCCAUUUCAUAUGCUGGUCAGCGAACCGGUCGUCUUCUUCUUCUCGCUGUGGGUCUCGUUCAGCUGGGCGGUGCUGUACCUGCAAUUCGGCUCCAUCCCGCUGGUCUUCCGCACCAAUCAUGGCUUUAAUAUCGAGCAGACCGGCGCUGUCUUCACCUCAAUGUGCGUCGGCGCCCUCCUCAUCACGGUGAUCAGCAUCUACCAGGACAAAAUCGCCCAGCACUACAACCUCCUCCCGCGCACCCCGGAAGCGCGCCUGUAUUUCGUGUGUGUGGAGGCGGUGCUCAUGCCCAUCGGCCUGUUCUGGUUCGGCUGGACCUCGUACUCGUCCAUCGCGUGGAUCUCUCCGACCAUGGCGAUCGGGUGCGCCACCAUGGGCAUCUUCGCCGUCUACCUGGCCGUCUUCAAUUAUCUGGCCGACACCUACCACCGGUUCGCCAGUUCGGCCAUUGCCGCGCAGUCGUGCUGCCGCAACCUCCUAGGCGGCGUCUUCCCGCUCGUCACCAACGCCCUGUUCACGAACGUGGGGUACCCCGGGGCGUCGAGUUUGUUGGGUGGUAUUGGUGCCGUCCUAGUCAUCGUGCCCUGGGUGCUGGUCUUCUACGGGCCGAAGAUCCGGGCCAAGAGCAAACUGGCCAGUCAACUGGCUCAUUAAAAGUUUUUCUUUUAUUUGAUUUUAAAAAGGGGGAGGCAUUGGGUCUUGCAUAGCGAUUUUGUUUCCAUAUAUCCAUAUAUAUACAGGGAUAGACGGGUGGACUGGGGUUCACUUAAUAGAUAGACGCAGGGUGGUUACG